AUGCGAGGACACUGGCUGGCGCUCAGUUCAUCACGACAAAUCGAGAAUCCAUUCGUCGACAAAAGAGUGGGACCAGCAUUCACUCGAGUUUUCGGUCAACCGAAUGACGCCACUUAUCGAGUCGCCAAUGGUCAAAAGCAUGCAUACAUCGUGUUCAUGCGAGUCCUUUGCACUCUUCAAGAACGAUGGAUGGCUGAACGGAAAGCACGAAAGUCCAUACGCUUUGAAACGGAUCCAGAAUGGCAGCCUGACGAUCGGGUCGUUCUCUUCCAAGAAUUCUACAAAGGGAAUCGAACGUGGGUAUUGCUAGACUUCGACCGUUAUAUUUUGGCCCAAUGGCGACCGCGAGGUUCUGAAGUGAUUUUCGGUGCUCGAUUUGUGGAAAAGAAAAUGCGAGUAGGAAUGCAACUGUGCGCUUGGUGUGGAAUGAUCGAGCAACAGCCCAAGCAAUUCUCACAAUUCAUGAACGACAAAGCCGUAUGUUCUCCUCAAUGCUGGGAGCUAUUGCAAGCAUCCAAGAAAACUACUGAUCCUCAAGCGAAAUAA